AUGUGCCAGACGGAGCUCCAGGGGGCAUGUCUGGCCUUGGCUGCCAGGGUGAACCCCAGGUUCUGUGUCCCAGAGGUGAGAGGCCUCUGCGGUCUGUGCUGGGGAAGAUGGGGAAGACGCCUGGGAGGGAAACUUGACCGCGCCUGGACAAAGAAAUGGGUAGAUUGGAAUCUGUGCCUGCAGCGGGCACCUGGCAGGGGCUGGUGUGAGCAGAAGUGUGGGUGUUGGAAUGAUGGUGCCGACCCCAGGGUGGACAGGGGGCUGCGAGAUGGACCAGGGAGCCCUGGGUCAGGCCAUGAUCCACGCCUGGCCUCUCCCUCCCUCUGGCUCCCCAAGUUCCUCACCACGGCCACUGGGCCCAGGGACCCCGGCAAACAGCCUUUUGGGGCACCCAGCAGGACCCCUGUGCCACUGGGUGGCUGCGGGCAGGUCCCGGGCCGUCUGUUCUGGAACAGUGGAGGAUCUGGGAUCAGCACCUUCCUGUGUGGCUGUGAGCCCCUCGCCCAGGGUGACCACUGGAGCCCAGAUGGCCCCGGGACUCAGAGGGUCCGGCCCAGACUCCACAGUUCCCUUCCUUCCAGGAGCGGAGGGAGGCCCAGGAGCUUGUCUGAGCCAGGCCAGGCAGGGUCCCAGCCCCUCCCAGUGGUUCCCAGCAGUCCCGGGCUGCCUUCUCCAGGUGGGGCCAGGGCGGGGCCGGGGGAUGCCAUAGUGACAAGCUCACCUGCUGCUUCAGUCUCAAAACAAGUGCUCCCGGGUUUCAUUUUCAGCUCUGGCUGGGGAUGGACCCUGACCCUCAAACAGGCCAGACAGUGGCAGCCACAGGCUGUGUGUGGGCACCUGGGGCCUGAGCGCCCUCGGCAGCAGGAGUGCAGAUCUCCCCGUGAGGCGUCUCCCCCAUUCACCCUGGGAGGCCCAGACAGUGGCCCGAGGUCACGUGGCAGGUAGGGUGCAGGGCAGGAGCUGCUUGGGGGGCCUGGGCCUCCCCCAGCUCCCUUCUUCAGAGCACCCCAGACCCCUGACCCAGUUAGGCCCAGGCCUAGCCGGCGGUUGGGGUCAUUCCAGGCGCUUCCGAAGAGGAGAGUAUGGCUGAAGCCUCCUCUGGGGACAGCAGCCCCUCUGUCCUGGGAGGUGGCCUGUAGGAAGCUGAGCAUGGGCAGGCAGAACUGGAUGUCCCAGUUCUUUCCAAACCCCCUCACUGGGCCAGGCCCAAAAGGACACCCCAAGCCGGGCCCUGCUGGGCUCACCGGGGACCCAGGGUUGGACCCCAGUAGGCCUGUGCCAGGGUGUGGUGGGCACCCUCUCUGUGGAAGUUAGGAAGGGCUGUUGGGGGAAGGUGGCAUGGUGGGGUGGGUCUUGAGUGGUGGGGAGGAGUUGGGCCCAUCCACUUGUAGUGGGGCACAGGGCUCUGGCUGACUACCAGCAGGGCAGGCGGAGGGAAGGGUCCAGCGCCCACAGCCCUCUUUUCCCACUAGUGCCCUCCUGCUGUGGAGCCAGGCCUGGAGGAGCCUGCAAGCCUCGGGGGGCACAGGGGGCAGGCCUGGCACACAGAGGGCUCCUCAGGCACUCAUCCAGUAGUAGGGAGAUGGGCCCUGGGAGGGGAGGGAGCCGGGAGGCAGCCACGCGCCCUCCCUAAGAUGGAAAACGCAGGGGCCUGGUGAGGGCAGCGCUGACCACAGUGCUCUGCAUACCAGGCCACUGCUGGUGCCCCGGGUCUGGGGAACACAGGGUCCUUAGGGACACAGGGCCCGGGGGCCUCCGGAGCUGGGGUACGGCGGAGGGGGCUGCUGGAUCCCAAACACCCUUUAGGCCUCCUCCACCCCCAGUCAGCAUUCCAGCCAGGACCCCGGGGGCCCCAUCCAGAGUCCUGUCAGCGGGGGCCAUAGCCUGUGGCUGCAGGCCUGGGCAGGUGGGUGACACGAGGCAGGACCGACCCCAGGGUUCUAACGCCUGCUCCCCACUGGCCUUGGACAAAUUGCUGCCCCUUUCUGAGCUUGAUUCCUCACUGUGAAGUGGGCAUCAAGGUAAUGCUUGAGGCCAGGCGCGGUGACUCACGCCUGUAAUCCCAGCACUUUGGGAGGCCGAGGUGGGCAGAUCAGCUGAAGUCAGGAGUUCAAGACCAGCCUGGCCAACAUGGCAAAACCCCGUCUCUACGAAAAACGCACUGGGCAUGGUGGUGCACGCCUGUAAUCCCAGCUACUCGGAUGCUGAGGUGGGAGAAUGGCUUGAACCCGAGAAGCAGAGGCUGCAGUGAGCCGAGAUCACCAAGGUAGCGCCACUGCACUCCAGCCUGGGUGAAAGAGCAAGACUUCAUCUCAGAAAAUAAAAACAAGGCUGAGCGUGGUGGCUCAUGCCUGUAAUCCCAGCACUUUGGGAGACCAAGGCGAGUGGAUCACCUGAGGUCAGGAGUUUGAGACCAGCCUGGCCAACAUAGUGAAACCCCGUCUCUACUAAAAAUACAAAAAUCAGCCGGGCAUGGUGGUGCACGCCUGUAAUACCAGCUGCUUGGGAGGCUGAGGCAGGAGAAUCCCUUGAAACCCGAGAGGCAGAUCUCAGUGAGCCAAGAUCACACCACUGCACUCCAGCCUCGGUGACAGAGUGAGACUCUGUCUGAAAAAAAAUAAAAACUGUCUGAGACUUAGGGGCAGUGAACAACCUGUGUGACACACAGCAGGUGCUGAGGGCCAGGCAUCUGCGCUAUUAUCGCUGUCCUCUGAACAGAGAGGUGCCAUGAUCCGGUCAAGGACACACAGCAAUCAGAGGCAGGCUGGCUUCUCUGCCCCGGUCCCGCCACCCAGCGACAUCUGUCAGCCCUGUGUGAGCUCUGUGCUCCUCGAAGUUGGGGGCGGGGUGGGCUGGGCCCCGUUACAAGGGAUUCCUAUAAAUGGCGUGGAGAGGAUUAAUAAUGUAUUUAUAACACACCGUGGUGGUAGUCGAAAAUGAUGUAUAAAUGUGCAGUAAAUGUUUUAUAAUGUUUUUGUAACCCGUUAUAAAUGAUAAAUGGCAGACCAUAGCUGCCGGAUCAAAUAUUUAUAACGUAUUGUGCGCGGCGUUGGGCUGCCACAGUUCAGGAAAGCCAUUAAUAAUAAAGUGGAUGGAGAUGCACGAGUUACCGACAUGCCCAGCAAAGCCAUUUAUAAUGAAAUGUAAAAUUUGGCUGUGGGAAGCAGCCCACCGGCCCCAGCCGCAGCACCGGCCAGGCUCUCCUGGAGGCUGGGGAGGGAGCGGUGGUCGUGAAUUAUUUGUGAGGUGUUCAGACGAGAAUGUAUACUCCGCAUAGCACACCAUAUAAAUAUGCUAUUAAUAUA